AUGGCAAGGGAGCCUUCAAUUGCUUUGAAAGCCAUAAUGCCGUUUAGUGAAACUAGGACAAAGCUGAGGUAUUCUGAUACUGAAGAUGAAACUCCUUUGAUUGAAGAAGCUGAACGGGCUGAGGAAUCGUCUAGUGGUGGUCGGCGUCGGCGUCCGGCCUUAACGAACGCAUCUACGUCAACGGUGCGUACAAGGCCAAGAAACACAGCAAAAGCAAGGACAAUUAAUUUUCACACUUCCGAUAAAAUAAAAGACAAAUAUCCUCCCAAUGUCAUUCGUAAUCAAAAGUAUAACUUAAUAACGUUUUUCCCGUUAGUUUUAUAUGAGCAGUUUCACGUUUUUAUCAACCUUUAUUUCUUAGUUGUAGCAUUAUCGCAAUUUGUACCGCAACUGAAGAUUGGAUAUAUUAUAACAUACUUUGGUCCUCUCUGCUUCGUAUUGGUUGUCACUAUUGGGAAGGAAGCAUAUGACGAUUGGAAACGUUAUAAACGUGAUAAGGAGAAUAAUUCCCAGAAAUAUCAGAUUCUCACAAAAAAUGGUUAUAAGUAUAUACCAAGUUCUAAGAUACGCGUCGGAGAUAUGAUAGUCAUUCACAAGGAUUGCAGAGUACCAGCUGAUGUUGUUCUACUUAGGACAACAGAGACAAGUGGAGCUUGCUUCAUCAGGACAGACCAGUUAGACGGAGAAACUGAUUGGAAAUUAAGAAUUGCAGUACCAUUUUGUCAAAAACUACCAUCAGACGAGAGUCUGCUACAAAUAGAUGCAGAUGUCUAUGCCGAUAGUCCGAGUAAAGAUAUUCAUAAUUUUAUUGGAAAUUUUUCCAAGAAUAUUCCUGGACAAGUUGUUCCCCAAGUCGAGCCGCUUAACGUUGAGAACACGCUUUGGAUGAACACCGUUCUUGCUUCGGGAACUGCUGUUGGAUUCGUAAUCUAUACAGGACAAGAAACUAGAGCAGUAAUGAAUACUAGUCAUCCAGAAACGAAAAUCGGUCUUCUGGAUCAUGAGAUAAAUAAGCUUUCAAAGAUAUUAUUCAUUGUGACAUUACUACUAUCCUUUGUCUUGAUUGCGUUGAAUGGAUUUCGGGGUUUGUGGUACAUCUAUUUAUUACGUUUUCUAAUUCUUUUCUCCUCAAUUAUUCCCAUUGGUCUUCGAGUGAAUCUCGACAUGGGUAAAACGGUGUAUGGACACCAAAUAAUGAACGACAAAGAAAUCCCUGAAACUAUUGUUCGAACAAGUACUAUUCCCGAGGAGCUUGGAAGGAUCGAAUAUUUAUUAUCGGAUAAGACUGGAACUCUGACAAAGAAUGAUAUGGAACUAAAAAAACUCCAUAUGGGUACGAUGUCGUAUGCAACAGAUACCAUGGACGAAAUUACUGCACAGCUUGAAAUAGCCUUUGGAAAGCGUCAAGACGAUGUACACGCUAGGACUAUGCCGCGUGGCUGGGUGGCUGGAAAGAGAAGGGACAUAACGUCCCGUAUCAGAGAUAUCGUUCUGGCUCUUGCACUUUGCCAUAAUGUGACUCCUGUUGAAGAAGACGGUGAGGUCACUUACCAGGCAUCUUCACCGGAUGAAGUUGCAAUAGUCAAGUGGACAGAGUCAGUUGGCCUUACUCUUGUAUUUCGAGAUAUUUCCGAAAUCCAUCUUCGCACUCGGACCGGAGAUAUACUUGAAUUUUCCAUUCUUCAACUGUUCCCAUUCACAAGUGAAACCAAACGGAUGGGAAUAGUAGUGAAGGAUAAUUUAACUGAGGAAAUAGUAUUCUAUGAAAAAGGUGCAGACGUAGUGAUGAGUAAAAUAGUUCAAUAUAAUGACUGGUUGGAUGAAGAAUGUGGUAACAUGGCAAGAGAAGGACUGAGGACUCUGGUUGUAGCGAGAAAAAGAUUAAGCGAAGAGUCCUAUGCUGAGUUCGAAGAGAGAUUCCAUGAAGCGACGAUUAGUGUUAGCGAUCGUAAAGCACAAGAACAGUCAGUCGUCGGAUCGAUAUUAGAGCAGGAUCUUGAGCUAUUAGGAUUGACUGGUGUUGAAGAUAAGCUACAAGACGGUGUUAAAAGUACUUUGGAAUUAUUACGUAAUGCUGGGUUGAGGAUAUGGAUGUUAACUGGUGAUAAAAUCGAGACUGCUACGUGCAUUGCAGUCUCAUCAAAACUAGUGUCGAGGAAUCAAUACAUUCAUACUGUCCAGAAACUAAAAAGCCCAGAAGCCGCCAUGGAUGAGAUGGAUGUUAUACAAAGUAAUACAGACUGCUGUUUAGUCAUUGAUGGCGAGUCCCUUCAGUUGUUUUUAGAGCAUUUCAAGAACGAUUUUAUUGAGUUGGCGGUUCGUUUACCAGUUGUCGUAGCAUGCAGAUGCUCACCGACGCAGAAGGCCGAUAUUACACGGUUAAUAAAGACUUAUACAAAGAAACGUGUUUUAUGUAUUGGAGAUGGUGGGAAUGAUGUCAGUAUGAUUCAGGCUGCUGAUGUUGGUGUGGGGAUUGUCGGAAAGGAAGGGAAACAGGCCUCCCUGGCAGCUGACUUUUCAAUCACACAGUUUGGCCACUUAACAAGGCUUUUAUUGUGGCAUGGGAGAAAUAGUUAUAAGCGAUCAGCAAAAUUGGCCCAGUUUGUCAUACAUCGCGGAUUAAUCAUAUCUGUAAUUCAAGCAGUAUUUUCCUCGAUAUUUUACUUCGCACCAAUUGCACUGUAUCAAGGCUUGUUAAUGGUGGGCUAUUCCACCGUAUAUACUAUGGCACCAGUAUUUUCGCUAGUACUAGACAAAGAUGUCAGUGAAGACAUAGCGAUGAUGUAUCCCGAGUUAUACAAAGAGCUAACAAAGGCAAGCAGAUUGGAAGAAUAUUUAUUAAUAAUGUGA